UCCGCUUGCUCGACACUGCAUGGUUAUAUCCAGGUCUUUGCAGCUGCUCUAGCAUCACUCUAUUGCACUCCUCCGGCUCUUACUUCACUUGGACGCGCUCUCUUUAGUUUCCCUCGCCCUCUCCGCUUUUUCACCCAGUCAUACUCAUAUCCAUCAUGGCGACGAAUUCUAUCAAGCUUUUGACUGGCAACAGUCACCCGGAAUUGGCAAAUUUGGUGGCAGAUAGGCUCGGUAUCGAACUGACCAAGAUCAUGGUCCUGCAGUACUCGAACCAGGAAACAAGCGUGACAAUUGGAGAGAGUGUCCGAGAUGAGGACGUAUUCAUCCUACAAUCCACCCGGCCGAACGACAUCAACGACGGUCUGAUGGAGUUGCUUAUCAUGAUCAAUGCCUGCAAGACCGCUUCCGCGCGACGCAUCACUGCUGUCAUUCCGAACUUUCCCUAUGCUCGCCAGGACAAGAAGGACAAGAGCCGUGCGCCCAUCACCGCCAAACUCAUGGCAAACAUGCUGCAAACAGCUGGCUGCAACCAUGUCAUCACCAUGGACCUCCACGCUAGUCAAAUCCAGGGCUUCUUCAACGUCCCCGUUGACAACCUGUAUGCUGAGCCCAGUAUGCUUAAGUGGAUCCGGGAGAAUCUUGACGUGAGCAACUGUGUGAUUGUCAGUCCUGACGCUGGUGGUGCUAAGCGAGCGACUGCAAUCGCCGAUCGACUUGAUCUUCAGUUCGCCCUUAUCCAUAAGGAACGCCCCCGUCCCAACGAAGUCUCCCGCAUGGUCCUCGUCGGCAGCGUGAAAGAUAAAGUUGCCAUCAUUGUUGAUGAUAUGGCCGAUACAUGCGGAACACUUGUCAAGGCCGCCGACACAGUGAUGCAGCACGGCGCAAAGGAAGUCAAUGCAAUUGUUGUCCAUGGUAUCCUUUCGGGCAAAGCCAUUGACAAUGUGAACAACAGCUGCUUGAAGCGCAUUGUCGUGACCAAUACUGUCCCUCAUAAGGAGAAGAAGGAGCUCUGUGACAAGAUUGAGACCAUUGAUAUCAGUCCCACGCUCGCCGAGGCUUGCCGCCGAACUCACAACGGCGAGUCCGUGAGCUUCCUGUUUUCCCACACGGUUGCCUAGAGUUUUUUUUCUCGUCCUCAUGUGGGGUUUUUGUGGGGGAUUUUCCGAAAUAUUGUGCAUUACAUCUCUUGAUUUCUCUUUGAUAUGAUACAACUGCAAGUAAUGAAGCAUGAACCAGAAACAAAUUUUUUCAGGAGUCUGUUUGAUCAGGUCGAAAAGUUGACGGCGUCUUUAUCUUUUUAUUUUCUCAGAAACGUUGAGUUCAUGCAUAUGUGUAUAUACCUUAUUAUGCCGUCGGAGUUCAUUGUUUUAGGAU